AUGCGAUCUCUUUCAUGGCUUGUCGCCCUCCCCAUAGUGGCUGAAGCGGGUGAAGUUUUAUGGAGCGGUUUAUUCGAUGCCUCCGCGACCGUUGCUGACUUCGACGAAUGGUCGUGGUCCAACCAAGUCGGCGCUUGGCAAUGGUACAUUCACGGGACUGCACCCACGGACAAGUACCUGGGUCUCUCACCUGAUCACAAGAACCCGGCUGGUACCAGUGAUGAGCAGGGAAUCCGGAUCACAAUUGUAGGUCAUAUUUCAAGCCUAAGUGACCCAGAAGCUGAUGACAAUCAGGACGGCACGUCGUUCUGGAAUGGACAAACGAUGGAACGAUCCGAGAUCAUCCCCCAGACCAAGGCAGAUCUGGGAAGCGGACAUUUGUUCUACCAUUUCUCGCUGAAGACAGAAGACACAAAUGCUCCAAAUCCAGGAUUCGAGCACCAGAUCGGGUUCUUUGAGAGCCAUUUCACAGAGCUCAAAUACGGCGCCAUAAGUGGAACCUCGGGCGAUGACAACACCCUCCGCUGGUGCGUUGGCGGAGUCUCGCAUUGGGAAACUGAUUUGGAAGCAGGGAAGUGGUAUAAUUUCGCCUAUGACAUUGAUUUCGACGCGAAAACUGUCGGAUUGUGGGCAUCCAAUGGGGCCGAUGACCUAACGGAGGUUGUGCCCGCUGUCAGCGCGUCGACUUCGACAAACUCCGCGGAUUGGCAUGUCGGCGAGCUACGGCUCGAUAAUGGGGGCUCGGAUGCGGCUGCAGAGGAUUGGUUUUGGUCCGGCAUUUUUGUCGAGAAGGCUCCGAUCACAGCUAGUAUUGCGGGUCCUGCGUGA